AUCCGUCCGGAGUCAAUCCAAACAAAGAGUUUAGGUUGUUGUGAGUCCGCAUGGUGAUAUAAUGAAGAAAAAUACAGCGAAGUCGUUUCUCAAGUGGUUUCACAUAUUCCUUUCAUUAAUAAUACUCAGCGCCGCAAUCUACAUAUUCGUUUUCACAUGUCUAAUGAAACCUAAACUUUCCACGUAUUUGCCUUAUUUAUAUGAUUAUUCAUCAAAACCGGUGCUUUUUCUACUCGUUGGAUCCGCAUUGGCAGUUGCUGUGUCAUUUGUGGGGAUUAUCUCUGUUUGGCAAGAAUGGAUUCGAGGGAUCGUUACUUUCACACUGUUCAUUGUGUAUUUGUUGAUCUCAAUGAUUGCGCUCGCAACAACAGCAUACUUUUUAUCAUCAUCGGUCGAUGAAAGGAUGCAUUUCAGCUUAAAAACGGAUAUGGCCAACUAUGAAUCCAAUAAAAAAAUAGUUGAUAAUCUACAAAUUCAGUUAUCAUGCUGUGGUCUCAAGGAUUUCACCGAUUGGGCCGAAUUUCUGGACUACAUCCCCGGUUCCUGUUGCCAAUCGCCGGCCUUCUGCGAUACUUCAGAAGUAUCGAAACUUCAUUUAGCUGGCUGCUACACGGCCCUGAAAGACAUUGUUGAAUACUCCGUAACAAUGAUUUUUGUUGUCCUUGUUGGUCUCGCCAUAAUCGAGAUUUGCUCCAUCAUCAGUUCCAUCUUUCUCGUGGCUUGCUUGAGGCGAGAAAGGAAGGGCGAAAACGAUAAUAGUGCGAGAGAUUCGAUCCAACUACCGCGAGUUCACAAUCCUCUGGGACAGAAUGCAACGCCAAGUAUUACGAUAACAAGUCCAGGAGGAACAGCGGAUGAGCCUUUGGAGCCAGUUUAUGUCAGACGUCCCAUUGAGAGACCCAUUAUUUUUGCCUAUAGGAGCCCACAUGAGGAUUAUCUCCAUCGACCACCGCAAUAUCGCUUUGACAGCCGAAGAAUCAGUUUCACCAACAAUAAGCAAGGAAAACACACACCCCAUGUCUACGACUCUUCCAGAUACUCUUGAUAAAGAAUCUCCCCAGUAGAUCUGAAUCGUAAAUUAAUGCAAAUCACCACGAUUCUUCGCACUCAUUAUUAAAUUAUUAUUCAAGUAUUUAUAUUACAUACACUCCAUAAAAUUGCACAUCAUCAUUAAAGCACUAGAUGUCUGUAUUAGAAGUUCAUAUGCAAGCGGUAUAUUUAUUCUGCUUCUUAACUAUCACAAUACUAAUCUCAUUCUAAAUCAUCUUGUCAGGUUGCACUAAAUGUUAAAUAGAUUUGAUAUUCAUUGUUAAUUGUUGCACCGUGGAAGAUUUUUUUUGUUAGAUGAUGGUUGGUAAUAUUUAAAAAAUAAUUGUAUGUAGAUAUAUUUUUCGUGAGUGUUACCAAUAAAGUUUACCUUCUUGUUAA